AUGGCCACUGAGAACCCCGCUAAAAAGCUCAAGACGGAUGCGCCUGUCAUUGGAACGCACAAUGGCCACUUCCACGCCGACGAGAGUCUUGCAGUAGCCAUGCUCCGCCUGCUACCUACCUACCUCGACUCUUCCCUAAUCCGCACCCGUGACCCCGCCGUCCUUUCCACAUGCCACACCGUUGUCGACGUGGGCGGGGAAUACGACGACAGCACCAAGCGCUACGACCACCACCAGCGUGGCUUUGAGACGGUGUUUCCCGGUCACAACACCAAGCUCUCGUCUGCCGGUCUCGUAUACAUGCAUUUUGGCAAAGAUAUCAUCACCACCGUAACCGGACUGCAAGGCGAGGACCGCGAUAUCCUCUACGAGAAAAUCUACGCCGACUUCAUCGAAGCAUUCGACGCCAAUGACAAUGGCGUCAAUGUCUUUGAGCCCAAGGACCUCGAAAGUGCGGGGCUGACCAAGAAAUUCGAGAAUCGCGGGUUCAGCAUCGCCAGCGUCGUCAAUCGCUACAACUACGGGCCUCGCUCUGCAACCUCAGACGAGGCCAAAACGGCGGAGGCCAAGCAAGCAGAAGAAGACAUGCGCUUCCUCAAAGCUUCCCAAUUCGUCGGCGAGCAGUUCCUCAUCGAGCUGACUGACCGCGCCAGCAGCUGGCUCCCCGCCCGCCACCAGGUCAAGCAAGCCUACGACGCCCGUCUCCAGUACGAUCCCCAGGGCCGCAUCCUCGUUCUUCCAGAAGGCAUGCCCUGGGCCGACCACCUCUACACGCUAGAAAAGGAAUCUCAGCUCCCACCAGGCGUCUCCCCACACGUCCUCUACGUCCUGUUCCCCGAAGACCAGCCAGAAGGCAAGUGGCGCAUCCGCGCCGUCAGCAAGGAGAACAGCGGCUUCGAGAAUCGCAAGGACUUGCCGGAUGCGUGGAAGGGCGUGCGCGACGAGCAGUUGGAUCAGGUUUCUGGGAUUCCGGGCUGCGUCUUCGUUCACGCUGCUGGCUUCAUCGGCGGUAAUAAAAGCUUCGAGGGCGCGCUGGCCAUGGCGAAGAAGGCGUUGGAAUUGUAG